GAAAUUGGAUCCUUGCGCUGAAUUCCUGAGCCGCGUUGUAGAUGCCAAACCCAGGUUGACAAUGAUCCAUCAAACUCUCUGAAGGACCAGCAUGGAGAUUGGCAUUCUGAACUGUUAAUGGGGACAUGGGACUCACGUUGUCGUUGAUCAUUUGCGUGGACUUACCCAGCGAAGAGCAGCAGAAGACGUUAGAAAGACAGUGGGAAUUAUAGCAGUUUUUCAGGUCACCAAAUCUUGUUACUUUAGUUUCUGUCUGGAAGAAUGUCUGAGCAAGGUAAAUUGAACCAGGAGACAGCAGAGGAAGCUGUGAAAGAGCAGGAGACUGCCUUCUCCGAGGCGACCUCAGACAACUGUAUCCUCAAUAAAUCUGAAAGCUCGGAAGUAGAGGAAAAGGAGGAGAAGUUGAGCGAUGCCAAGACAGAGCUGCAGAAACGAGGCGCAAACCAGCAGAAAAAGAGAUCUAAGUCAGGAGCUAAAGGAAAACUUGUCCGGAGUCUUGCUGUGUGUGAAGAGUCAUCCCCUCGCCCAGGAGCAGAAGGCCUUCAUGAUAAUCAGGAAUCCAUACAACUACAGCUCUCAAGUUUCCCUAGCCUCCAAGAAGAAGAUAAAUCUAGUAAAGAUGAUUCCGAGAAAGAAAAAGAGAAGGAUAAAAAUAAAGAUAAAAACAGUGAAAAAAACAAGAUCAGAAUGUUAUCAAAAGAUUGCAGUCAAGAAUAUACAGACUCAACAGGCAUAGAUUUGCAUGAGUUUCUGAUUAACACAUUAAAGAAUAACCCCAGGGACAGAAUGAUACUCUUGAAAAUGGAACAGGAAAUUAUUGAUUUUAUUAGUGACAACAAUAAUCACUAUAAAAAGUUCCCUCAGAUGUCAUCAUAUCAGAGGAUGUUAGUGCACAGAGUGGCAGCUUACUUUGGAAUGGAUCACAAUGUGGAUCAAACAGGAAAAUCUGUAAUUAUCAACAAGACCAGCAAUACAAGAAUACCAGAGCAAAGGUUUUCUGAACAUUUAAAAGAUGAAAAAAGUGAAGAAUCCCAGAAGCGAUUUAUCUUGAAGCGAGAUAACUCUAGUAUUGAUAAAGAAGACAAUCAGCAAAACAGAAUUCUUCCAUUUAGAGAUGACAGACGAAGUAAAUCAAUUGAAGAGAGAGAAGAGGAGUAUCAGAGAGUGAGGGAGAGAAUAUUUGCACAAGAUUCAGUUUGCUCCCAGGAAAACCUUUUUGUGGAAAACAGUAGGCUGUUGGAAGACAGUAGUGUAUGCAAUGACACCCAUAAGAAAAGACAGCUGUUUAGGGGUAACAGAGAUAGCACAGGGAAGGCAUCUGGCAGUCGACAGAGCAGUACGGAGAAUGAAUUGAAGUGGACAGACCACCAGAGGCCAUGGAGCAGCACAGACUCAGACAGUUCAAAUCGAAACUUGAAGCCAGCCAUAACAAAGACAGCUAGUUUUGGUGGAAUAACCGUUCUGACAAGAGGAGAUAGCUCAUCAAGUAACAGAAGUACCGGCAAACUGUCUAAAACAGGCUCAGAGUCUUCCAGCAGCGCUGGCUCCUCAGGAUCCCUGUCACGACUACAUCAGCCUCUCCAAAGUGCACCUCUUGUCCCUGGAGUGACCGCUAGCUCUUCGGGCAGUGUGUCCUACGCCGAGAACGGGAUGAGCGGCCAGGUGGCACCCAGCAACACCAGCUAUAUCAUUCUUCCACUUGAAGCUGCAGGGAUACCGCCUGGCAGUAUCCUUCUCAACCCACACACAGGCCAACCAUUUGUAAAUCCUGAUGGGACCCCGGCAAUAUACAAUCCUCCCAGCAGCCAGCAGACAAUGAGGAGCCAGAUGGUCGGACAGUCCCAGCAGCAGCCUUCAUCCCAACAGCCUCAGCAGGUUCAGCAGCCACAGCAGCAAAUUGCAAGUCACCUGGUCACACAGCCUGUUCAGGCAAUGCAGCCAUCUUCUCAGUCAGUCCAGUAUCCAGCAGUUUCUUAUCCUCCCCAGCAUCUCCUGCCAGUCUCUCCAACGCAGCAGUUUUCUGUGCGAGAUGACAUAACAACACAAUUUAACCAGAUGAGCUUAAGUCGUCAAUCAUCAGGAGACAACCCUGAAUCACCUUCCGGUCCUGUCUACCCGUCACCGAUUUUGCAGCAGCCGACCCAACAGCCAAGUUACAUCAUGGCGUCGCCGAGCCAGCAGCUACCUACAGGCAGCUUCACAGGCUCAGGGCCACCCGUGUCCCAGCAAGUCCUGCAGCCUCCACCACCGCCCCAGGGCUACGUGCAGCAGCCACCACCCACUCAGAUGCCAGUGUAUUAUUACACAUCUGGUCAGUACCCUACCUCAACAACUCAGCAGUACAGACCCAUUGCCUCAGUUCAGUACAGUGCACAGCGGAGUCAGCAAAUACCACAGACUGCACAGCAAGCAGGUUAUCAGCCUGUUUUGCCUAAUCAGCAGCAGGGGUUCCAGGGUCUCAUGGGAAUGCAGCAGCCUCCCCAAAGCCAGAACCUGAUGAACAAUCAGCAGGGAAAUCAGGUGCAAGGCAUGAUGGUGCAGUAUCCAGCCAUGUCGUCUUAUCAGGUGCCAAUGACCCAGGGUUCUCAAGGAUUGCCACAACAAUCAUAUCAACAACCAAUCAUGCUACCUAAUCAAUCAGGUCAAGGAACACUUACAGCCACUGGAAUGCCUGUUUACUGUAAUGUCAUACCUCCUGCCCCACAGAACAACCUACGGUUGCUUGCCCCACACUGCCCCUCCAAUAACGUUCCGGUUAUUUCUGCCAACUGCAGGACAAACUGUGCAAGCAUUAGCAAUGCAGGGUGGCAGGUCAAGUACUGACACUGUGGCUUAGUGUGGAUAUACAAAGGAUAGCGGUGCAUUAUCGAACAAAUAACUCAUGGCCUUCAAAUGAAGAGGAACACAACAGGAUAAUCAGUUGAGGACAUAAGUACUGACUAUGCUCAAGUGAUUUGCUGCUGGAAAAAUCUGUAAAAAAAUAAAGUUAAUUUUGAAAAAAUGUUUGCUGGUUAAUGGUGCAUAUUUUUGUCAUGUCUGCUAGGUAUGCCUUUAUAGCUUAGCUAGUGACAUGAAUUCAUUGAGGUAAGAUUUUUUCCUACCACUGAACACCACUGUGUAGAUUGUAAUAUCCCUGAUUCGGAUUAGUUUUGUACUUUGUGUUGAGUUUGUGAAGCUAAAAGUAUUUAAAAAUAUAAUAAAAUCACAUUGUACCAAAGCUGUAAUGGAAAUUAGAAAAUGAAAACAAACAAACAAAAAAAAGAAUUACUGAAUGGAAGGAAUAAUUUAUAUACACUGUAGAGUUUUUUUAUGGAUAUAUACUGUAUUGUAGUGUUUAAUCACAAUAAAGCUAUU